CUCUGUUUGUAGUGUGCUGUAAAAUCAGCCUCAACCUGAGCACUGUGCAGGUAGCGCACUCCUAAACCUGUCUCAGUCUUUAAGAGGCCUGUUUGGCAUUUAAAAAAAAAAUCCUGUCAGUACAACGUGUAGCCCCUACUGAGGCACCAAAUAAACAGCAUCUACUUGUUUUGGUCUUUUCAGCCUUAUUUAAGUAUUAAAAGGAAGAUGAAGGUCUAUGUUCUUGGGCUUCUUAUUAGUAUGCGAUUCCCUGUGGUGCUAUCUGCUCAAGGCCGCUACGCUCAGAAGCUUCUGAACAAUCUGAUGGAGAAUUAUUCUAAGGCUCUGAGGCCUGUGGAGGACACUGACAAGGCUCUCAAUGUUACAUUGCAGAUUACACUCUCGCAGAUCAAAGAUAUGGAUGAGAGAAAUCAGGUGCUGACCACAUACUUAUGGGUGCGGCAGGUCUGGCAUGAUGCGUACUUACGCUGGGAUAAAGAUGAGUAUGAUGGCCUGGAGGUCAUCCGCAUUCCUAGUGAUCUGGUCUGGAGACCUGACAUUGUCCUUUACAACAAUGCUGAUGAGGAAGACUCAUCAGGCCCUCCUGACACUAAUGUAGUGUUACGGUACACUGGUGAGAUCACAUGGGAUGCUCCUGCAAUCACAAAGAGCACGUGUGUGGUGGAUGUCUCCUACUUCCCCUUCGACAGCCAGCAGUGCAACCUUACUUUUGGCUCCUGGACCUACAAUGGCAACCAGGUGGACAUCAACAUGGGUGGUAUGGAGAGUGGCGACCUCUCAGAUUUUGUGGAGAAUGUGGAAUGGGAAUGUCAUGGCAUGCCAGCUGUCAGGAAUGUAAUCAUGUAUGGCUGCUGCUCAGACCCAUACCCAGACAUCACCUACACGGUGCUGCUGAAACGUCGCUCCUCAUUCUAUAUCUACAACCUGCUCCUCCCCUGUUUUCUAAUCUCCUUCCUGGCUCCACUUGGCUUCUACCUCCCAGCUGAUUCUGGAGAGAAGGUCUCACUUGGAGUCACAGUGCUUCUAGCCCUCACUGUCUUCCAGAUGAUGGUGGCUGAAAGCAUGCCACCAUCUGAGAGUGUGCCACUCAUUGGUAAAUACUACAUAGCAACAAUGACAAUGAUUACAGCCUCCACCUCAUUGACGAUCUUCAUCAUGAACAUUCACUUUUGUGGUGCAGAAGCCAAACCGGUGCCCCACUGGGCCAAAGUCCUAAUUAUUGACUACAUGGCGAAGAUUUUCUUUGUGUAUGAGGUAGGGGAGAACUGCACUACUCCUCAAAGUGAACAUGGCCUACCUUUUGUUGAGGACCCACUGGCUAGUCUGGAGAGCUACGACUAUUUCUCCAGCAGUUUUUACAGCAAUCACCUACAUGAUGGGCCUAUUAAUCAGUAUAACAGGUGUAAUAACUGUGGCAGAGAUUGUCACCAUGCCAGAAAUCACCAGUCAAAUGGCUACCAUUUCAACGCCCUGCACAUGGCACAUAUGCCACCACAGUUCUCAUCAAGACAGAAAACACACCAGCCCAAUUACAUACACCACAUUGGGCGAGAUGGUAAUGCAGUUAACCUGAGGGAGGAGAAACUGAGACAAAGUGAUCUCUCUAUUCCCGAAAAACUCAGCGGGUUCACUUAUGAACAUAGCACCAGCUAUCAGCACAAUAAUGAAUACACCAAACCAUACACAAUGGAAGACUACAGUAAAAAGACCGCCACAGAAGAGUGCACAUAUGUAUGUGCUCAGCACCAGAAAGUGGUGCAGAACAUUGAGUACAUCGCCAAUUGCUUCCGGGAGCAAAGGUCAAACCAGGCCAAAGGAGCAGAGUGGAAGAAGGUUGCUAAGGUAAUGGACAGGUUUUUCAUGUGGGUGUUCUUCAUCAUGGUCUUUCUCAUGAGCAUCCUCAUCAUGGCCAAGGCAUCCUGAGAUCAUGUGAUACUAGUUGUGUUCAGAUAUUGAAGACAGGAGUAAUGUGGAAAUACACAAUCCAUUCCGAAGCAGCUUAAAACAAACAAAACAAAAGGUAGAAAGUGAUGAAAACUGAUCCUUACUGUUACAUAUGUUCUUAAAGCAUUACUAGUAGAACACUACUAACUAGUGCUACAGUAAAAUUUGUAUUUUUCUAAUCACAGAGAAUGUAAGAUGGAUCAUGCAAAAUUAUUAAUGGAAUAGAAUAUCCUGUAGAACGGGUGAGAAAUGAGUGAUGGAUGAUUGGUGUAAACUGAAUUAAAAUUUGCCACCUGACAGCUCUAGGUUCCCCAGUUCAAUUCUGAGCUCAGGUUAAUGUCUAUGUGGAGUUUCUGUUAUGUUCUUCUAGUGUAUACAGUAUGUGGGUUUCCUUCGGGCUCUCUGCUUUCCUCCCAAAUGUCAUGCUGCUAGGUGGAAUGGCUACUCUGUAUUGCCCCUAAGUGUGAAUGAGUGUGUCCCUUUGGAUCCACCACGACCGUGAUCAAGAUAAAGCGCUUACUAAAGAC